AUGGCGGACAACGACGCGCAGCAUGAGCACACCUUCGAGUCCGCCGAUGCCGGGGCGUCGGCCACCUACCCGAUGCAAUGUUCAGCCUUGAGGAAGAACGGCUUCGUUGUCAUCAAGGGUCGCCCAUGCAAGAUUGUCGAAAUGUCCACCUCCAAGACUGGAAAACACGGUCACGCCAAGGUCCACUUGGUUGCCCUCGACAUCUUCACCGGCCGGAAGAUGGAAGAUCUCUCCCCGUCCACCCACAACAUGGAUGUUCCAAACGUCACUCGUCGUGAAUACCAAUUGCUUGACAUUACUGACGACGGCUUCUUGUCCCUCAUGUCUGACGACGGCUCCACCAAGGACGAUGUCAAGAUGCCCGAGGGCGAGGUCGGCGAAAAGAUUGAGAAACUCUUCCGCACCGAUGAGAAGGAUACCAAUGUCAUUGUCUUGACUGCGAUGGGGGAGGAAGCUGCUGUCGAUGCUAAGGAAGCUCCCAAAUAA